AUGGGUCGUUUAUACGAGAGCCAUGCCAGCAGCGAAUCGGAAUCAGGUGCCGAAUCAUCCUCCGAUUACGAAUAUGGAGAAGCCAAGGUGGUCACCGUGCCGUUGCUGCUGUUAGAUGUGACUAUAGACAAGGUGGAGGAGGAGAAGCAUCUAGAGGAGCAACGCGCGGGAACUGAACGCGGCAUUGAAAAUUACAGAUUUGUGGAAGAAAUUGAGCAAGAUGGACUUUCUUUUGUUUUCCCUUCGUAUGAUCAAGAAGAAAUUCACGAGGAAAAACAAGAUCCCAAUGAACAUCAGUUCAAAAGAAAGCACAAAAAAGACAAGACACCGCCUAAAGAUUUCUUCGAACUUCUGGUCACGGAUUGCACCGAGAUUGGUGAUCCUGAUGAUGAUGAUGAUGAUUCAGAUAUUGCUGAACUGCCGUUUGGUGUUCCUAAGAGCGAAUCCCUGUCUAUUCGCAUGCUAUUGAUGGAUGCCGAAGAGGACUUGCCUCUGUUGCUUGCAAAAAGAAGUGAUCUGUAUUCAGGAAAGCUUCCUUGGGAAGAUUUGGGAAUGAAGUACACUGAUCUCAUAUUCAUAAGGGCAAGCUUUCGGAUCGAGGAAAUUGACGAUUUCAGUGUAGGAUCAGUGGAAACGCUUGAGGUGUACUCCAGGGACGAGCUGGCAAACGUGAUUACCAAAAAUGAUAUUCUAUACACUUCGGGAUUACUUGAAAGACUCAAGAAGAGACUUCCACAAAAGAGCCUGCAAUAUUUGGACGAGCUGGUGGGAGGUUCUCUGUUCACAUCACCAUCUCCACCGUUACCCUAUACAGCUACUCUGUUAGACGUGGAGAUACCGGACCUGAAAGAGGAGACAAGUGAUGAAUCUGAAGUCGAAGAUGAAGAUAAUCAUGAGUCCUGCAUGAAUGCCAUGCCCUCAGACAACACCGAGCCUCACGAGUUCGUGGACUUAUACCCUUCCUCUCAAUCCAAAGGCUUGGUUUCAUGA